CUUUUUUUUCUCGCAAUUUUUUGUUGUCUUCAAACCGCGUCCAUUUUGGCCUCAACACUUUGCUUUUUCUUCCUUUUCUUCUUUUUUCAAAAAAAAUUAUUUUAAACUUCUUGGAUUAUUAUUUUCUUAGCACGUCUUAUUUUACACAGCAAUUUUUGGCUGUCACCUAAAUUUAUAAAAGCCAUAAGAAUAAAUUCAUAUUCCAGGCACUUUGCACAUAUUUUUUUCGUUUCCCCAACCUAUUUUUUGCAGUCUUUUACUCCGACAAACUUUUUUCUUAGCAUUUUCGCAUUUACACUUGGACACUUUGCUUGCAUUCAUUCACUCAUUUAUCUGCACACAGACUCGGUUUAUUUUUCCCCAACUACAGAAACUCAAACGCCAAACAUGUAUUCCGAAGAGUUGAUUGCCGCCAUAUGCAUCGGAGGGCUGGCCCUCACCACGAUUGCGGUGCUCACCUAUGUCGCUUGGCGCCAGCGCAACCAACAAACGACUCUUUACAUAAUGGUAAGCACCUAUUUUUUAAAUACUGUAGUCACGGGUAUCAUCGAUGUACCACAUGUAUAUGCAACCACUGACGAGUCGCAGCCGUUGCUAAAUGCGUCGGCCAUUCGCACUCGCUAUGCCACCAACCCGAAUGAGUUUGCCCGCUCGUAUAUUGGCCGCACAGAGUGCUCCAGCUUCAUGGCGCAGCACUCGGUGGACAGAUCUGUUGUCGGCUCGCCGCUUGCUAUCGCAGAGCACUUUAUGACUGUCGUGCCAAGUGAUUCAUCGGAUUCGGAGGACUCGAGCAUGGACUCGUACGCCAGCGACUCGGGCAUCCCUGAGCCGACCGAGAGUGACAAUAUCACUUUGCCGUCAGAGUUGGCCUCAGCUACACCUCGCGCCAGCUGCAUUUCCGAGAUUAACGAUGCGAUUGAACCGGGGGUUCUGCCUGCAACUCCGGCCAGCAUUCUGCUGGCUGACGAGCAGGCUCUCCAUGAAGUCGCUGCUAGCGGAAUCGACAACAAAGCCAAUGAUAUCGACCACAGCCAGAUUCUGAUUUCGGGCACAAGCGCGAUGGGCUGUGGCUGCUCUGCAAGCUCGAACAACACAGUCAUAGCUGCCAAGCCCGCGGCAGCCGAAGAUACCUCAGUUUUGAACUGGGAAACAGCCUCGACCCUCAGUGCUCAGGCAAGGGUGUUCGUCCCUGGCAGGCAACACAGGGUAUCUGCUGACGCAGAUGCCAAUUCGCUUGCCUCGCUCAGGCAGUCAGUCAGUGAGGCUAUUGAUACUAACGAAAAUCGCACAAAAUCCGAUUAUAUUUCUGAGUUCGAUGCGACUAUUGCUCAAACGCAGGCGCUCAGGCAAUCCACUGUCAGCAGCAUCGCCAGCAGCAGCAGCAGCAUCAACGAGUCUCGGCACCGCAGGUCGACCAUUUCCACCCAGAGCACCCACUGCAGUGUCUCCGAGAGCACAUCGGGCACAGAAAAGUCCAGCGAGCAUGACACGCAGACCGAGUCGCCCGAGAUUAAGAGUGCCGAUUUGGCAGCAGAGCCCAGCCAGCAGGCGCCUGCAAGGGCUUCUGCCAAGCGGCGGUGUCGGUUCUGGCCCAGCUGCAGCAACCGCAACUGCAAGUAUGCGCACCCGUCGCAGACAUGCCGGGCAUUCCCGAACUGCUCAUUUGGCACUAACUGCAUCUACAUCCACCCUGGUGACGUUCAGAAGAUUAACUUGGUAAUUUCGCGCGCGGGCAAGAAGGGCGGGCCCAAUCGCCCGAAGCGCAAGAAUACCGAUAUCGUUCGCCUGAACAACCUGUCGGCAUUUGUCAACUAGGGCGUCUUUCAGAGCAUGUUUAUUGUUAUAGGAAUAAUAAACUUACUUUUAUAUAUUUACA